GGGCCCCCCCCGGUAGUUUGGCGGAAAGUGAGUGAUGAGUCCGUGUCCCCAGCAAAGAGGCAAAGAACUUGCUUUGCAGCCUGAGUAGUUGUUUCUUUCGAUUGUUGUUGACGCUUUUUUUUUCAUUAUUAUUAUUAUUGCUUUUUUUUCUUUUUCCUUUUUUUUAAUUUCCUUCCUGGCCUUUCUUUCUUUCCUUCCUUCCUUUUUUUCUUUUUUUUUUUCCCGUGGAGGGAGGGGUGGCUGCCUGGCUGGUCGGUUGCAAAAAGAGAGAAAAAAAGCCAAAAAAAAGGAAAAAAAAAGAAAAGGAGGCAAAAAAAGCAAGCCAAACAAAACAAAACAAAACAAAAAAGCCAAACCAAACAAACAAACAAACAAAAAAAAACUUCAUUCGGAUCUGAAAGUGGCAGGAAAAGUGCCUGGCAAGUUGCAGGGAUGGAGCUACACAGCUUGCAAGAGGCGUUAAAAGUGGAAAUCCAAUGUCAUCAGAAACUAGUUGCACAGAUGAAGCAAGAUCCACAGAACGGGGAUCUUAAGAAACAAAUCCACGAAAGGCAAUCAAGAAUAGCAGCUCUUAAUGAAAAACAAAAGCUGGCGGUGCGGAGCUGCCCCGCGGCCGUGCUGGUGGGCAGCGGGGCCAGCGGCAGCGCCAAGCCCGGCGGCGUCCCGGCGCUCCUCAAGGCAUCCGGCGGCGGGAGCCCCAGCGGCAGCCCGACCCAGAGCCUGGCCAUCUCCGUCCUGCCGGCCAAGGCUCCCAUCGCAAUGGUGACGGCGCACCUCAACGGCGGGCUGGGCUGCAGCGCCGCGGGCGUGGAGCCCCCGCAGAGCGCCCCCAUCAACCUGCAGACUACGGCCAAGCUGGUGAGCGCCCGCCGAGCGCCCGAACUCGGCUCCAACACCCAGACUUUGGGAACUAUCACUGCAGUGCCCAUUAAAGUUCCUCAGGUCAGCUCCUUGCAGAGGUUGGCAGGACAAGGACCAGCAGUGCUACCUCAGGUUAGGCCAAAGACCCUGAUUCCAGACAGCCUCCCUAUUUCCCCGUGCAGAGACCAACCUUCCAAACAGCCUCCUACCUUCCAAAAGGCAACAGUAGUCAGCAUCAAAAACCCCAGCCCUGCCCUCCCGACUGCCAAUAAUACCGUCAGCCAUGUACAGACGCCCAACAGCCAGUCACAGAGUGUCAAUGAAUCUACAUCUAUUUCAUCUCCUCUGAGCAGUGCAGGAGUGGCGUACGCCAUCAUAUCCACCUCCCCCAACAAUGCAACUCCUAUUAGCACCAGCGCUACUGUCUCCGUGGUCAACGAUAGCAUUAAAGUGCAACCACUCCUCAUUAGUGCCGACAGCAAGGUUAUCAUUAUUCAGCCUCAAGUCCAAACUCAGACAGAAAGUAAAGUGGAGACAAAGAAACCUCCUGAAGAGUCAGCUCAGGGACCCCCUGCUACCAAAAAGAAAAAGGAGGAAAAUCCAGAGAAAAUUGCCUUUAUGGUAGCAUUAGGACUGGUUACAACAGAACAUUUGGAAGAAAUCCAGAGCAAGCGUCAGGAAAGGAAGAGAAGAAGCACAGCAAAUCCAGCCUACAGUGGACUCUUGGAAACAGAGCGGAAACGCCUUGCGUCAAAUUAUUUGAAUAACCCCUUGUUUCUUUCAGCAAGAGCAAAUGAGGAUCCAUUCUGGAAGAAUGAGAUACACCAUGAUGAACACUGCACUGCAUGCAAGCGUGGCGUUAACUUGCAGCCCUGUGGCACAUGUCCCAGAGCAUAUCACCUCAACUGCUUGGACCCACCCCUCAAAACUGCCCCCAAGGGAGUUUGGGUCUGUCCAAAGUGCCAACAGAAGGUGUUAAAGAAAGAUGACAAUGUGCCAUGGACUGGAACUCUGGCUAUUGUUCACUCCUAUGUUACACGUAAAACAGUCAAAGAAGAAGAGAAGCGAAAGUUAUUAAAGAGAGGCAGUGAGCUGAAGAGUGAGCAUAGACAGUUAGAAGAAAAAGAUCGACUUCUCAACAAUGCAGUGAAGAAAUGCUUAGAGCUAAAAAACAGCCUGUUGGCCCAGCAGAAAGGGACUCAGUCAUCACUGGAACGUCUCAAAACCCUCAUUAGACUGAUACAAAAUGAGCAGAUGAUUCAGGUUACCAUGACGACCACCACCACCUCCUCCCUGCUAACUGUCCCCUGGAUCAAACCCUCAUCUGCCUCUGCUGCCAUGCACAAAGCCUUGCAGCAAUCACAGGGUAACAACUGACAGAGCUGGCUGCAAGAAAGCAAAGGAAGGGGGGAAAAAAAAAAACUUUAUACACAUGCGCAAAGGAGAGAUUAACCUGAAACAAAGGAAAGAAGAAACAAUCUGAGUUUUUAUACGCAUAGAACUUGCAAACCAAUCAGUCCAGUUUGUAGGUCACUGUGGCAGCAACUUCCCACACAGCGGUUUUUGCUGCAGUUUUGUAUUUGCCGAGACCUUCAGUGCUUAUGAGAUUUUUUUGUUAUGUUGGCCUUAAUGUAUUUAUGAAUAUGGAUGAACAGGAAAAGUAUGGCCGAUAGAAAGUGGAAUAUCCUUUUGUGGGGGGCAGACAGUUUUACAGUUCUGCUUUAAGGGGAAAAUUUUAAAAACAAAGAGUUAGUGAGCUAGUAGAGAAGUAGUUGGGUUGAAAGCUAUUUGUGGGAGGGAAAUUGGUAAUAUAAAAUGAAACCGAACUGCUUAGGACUUGACAUGGAUUCUUAUUAAAUGAACAAAGUUGGCUCCAUUGAUUCAGGUGAACUGGAAAUGGGGCUGUUUUGACAAGAAUGACGUCAUGGACACUCACAGAGCCUUCAAAACAAAAGAUCAUUUUUUCAGUAUUAUUAUAGUUGAGAAUUGCAGAUAUUUAAAUAAAGAAACUGUAUGAAGUUAGCGUUUCUAGUAAAAUAUUGAAGUAUUUUCAUGCUGAUGCUUCUGUAUAUGCAUUCCGAAGUAUUUAAAAAAGUAUGACUGUAAAACUCCUUACUUUUUUGCAGGUCCUUUUUACUUAUUUUGCUAUUGGUGUAUUUUUCUCAUGGAGUUUUUGUGCAAGAUUUAGCAUAAACCAUAAUAGUGGAUAUCUUUGGCAGGUUGGGUUUUGUUUAUUAAAGGGAUUAUUUUGGGGGUUUUCUUUUUUGUUAAUUUUUGGUUUUUUUAAAAGAAAAAAGCAAAUAAAUAUUCUGUUUUUGUUUCUUGCCAGUACAGAUAAUAUGCCAAAAAGAUAACUUUACAUUUUUGUACUGCAUUUUUAUUGUUAAAAAUAUCUAAUGUGAAUUUUUUUUAACUUUUUUUUUUGCUUGCAGAAAUAUCUGCUAAAAUGGUACAGGAAAAAAAAAAACUGCCUCAAGGGGUUGUUUCUCAUACUGGAUAAUAUCAAGAGUCUUGGGGGAGGGACGGGCUAUGGAAAAUCAUAAGGGUUUGUUGGUUUUUUGGAAACUUGAUUCCUUUUUAAAAUUUUGUUGCAUUUUAGCACAUUUGAAAGGUGUUUAGCAUUAGCCUGAGAAAAUCCUAGUGCACCUGCUUGUUUCACUAGCUAGUCUUCCUGAUACUCCAAGGGUCCGGCCAGCCCCUCAGUAGGCCACAGGCCUUUCCUGCAAUCCUGAGGCCUACCUCGGAAGUCAGUGAUGGGCACCCCAGUUUUGCUCAAAUUACACACACCAGAUGCCAUCGCCUCCGUCUUUUCUGAGUUCUCAGCCAGUUAGCACAAGAGGUACGUAAGGAAAGCAAGAAGCCACCAGAGCACGACACAAGGCUAGUCUCUCACAUCAGCAUAUCACAUGGUGCCGAAUACCUUUUUUUAAAAAAAAAAAAAACAAAAAAACGAGGGACUGGCUUUUUCUGUCGCCCAUCACUAGGCAGCACGUGGUCCCUUCAACCAUUUUCACAACUCCGGGAGAAACUGUGCAGUACUAUACAAAUCUAUUUUAAUACACAACACUCGGUUGAACAAGAUUUUUAUAUUCUUUUAUUGAUGAACAAAGUGAACUAAGUAAAACACAAUUGUUAUACAUUGGUUAUUGUAUGCCAAUUAUGCAUUCUAAUGUGGCUUGCAAUGUAAAUGUUUUCAGGUUUAAUGAUUUUUUUUCCUUCUCAGACAAAUUAAAAGAAAAGCGUGGAAGGUCGAAUAUGUGAAGAAUUUCUGAAGAAGUGUCUUGGACUGUUAAAAGUAGUUAUUUUGAAAAGGGGACUGUCCAGUGGAUAGUGUGCAUAGAAAAAAAAGUGUUUGUCUUAAAUAUGCCAAUGUAGUUUUACUUCUUUAUGAUGCAUUAAACUUGACUGACAAUUUAA